CAUUUUACGCUAGGAAGGUGUAGCUGGGUGAUCUUUGUUCUCCCCUAAAUUAUGUCCUCUUUUUUGUCAAAGUUUUGCCAAACAGCAAGGCUCCAUUCUUUACGGUUUGCAUCUGUUGCCACCAAUACUAAUAGUCUAACUCAGAGGUUCUCAUCGCCUACAUUACGUAUCACGUCUGUGCAACUGAAAGAAAAGGAAUUGUCUAUCCAAUGGAACAACAGCAGCACUGUUGACUUGCCAUACGUUUUUCUGCGUGACAACUGCCAAGAACCAGAGUCCUUUGACCAAGUGGCCAGACAGAGGCUCUUCAAUCCUGCAUUUACAGUCGAUCUAAACAUUCGGGCAACUGAUGCUCAAGUGAACGAGGGCGGCAAACAGCUCACCAUCACGUGGCCAGAUGGACACCACAGUAGAUACAAGUCUACAUGGCUGGGAAGACACUGCAUCGGAAAUACUGCCAUGUCUGGACGACUACCUGUGGAAACGGUCUAUUGGGGAGGUGAUUAUUACGACAAGAUGCCUCGAUUUGAUUAUGAGAUGCUAUUGGAAGAUGACAGAUGUUUACUGGAGUGUUUGCUAAAAGUGGAAUCUCAUGGUUUGGUGUUAAUUGAAAAUGUUGGGACUCAGCUAAAUCAAGUGAAAAGGUUUUGCGAUCGUAUUUAUUAUCCGAAACCUUGUAUCUAUGGGAAAGGUGUUAUGAAGGUGGAAAAUAAGCCAAAUGCAAGUCAUAUUUCAUUGACAGGGGUUGAGCUGCCUUUACACAAUGAUUUUGUAUAUUAUGACUAUACUAGUGGGCUUCACAUUCUUCACUUCAUUCAUCAGGUAUCGGAUCCCACUGCUGGUGCAUCUCAAUUUUGCGACGGAUUUCAUGUUGCUGAAGUGUUGAGGGAAAGGAAUCGUGCGGCGUUUGAUUUACUGUCACAAUAUCCAGUACAGUUUGUCGAUGCUGGUUGUGAUGUUCUUGGAGAUUAUGACACAGAAGCAUGGCAUAACACCAUUAGUGUGUCUUCAAAUGGUGAGAUCACUGAAGUAAAUUACAGCAAUCAUAGUCGAGGUCCUCAUAUCCCAUCUACCUUGAUGGACAAACUUUACGAAUGGUAUGCAGCAUAUUAUGAAUUAUCCCAUUUGUUGUACUUACCUGACUACAUGAUUGAGUUUAAAAUACAACCUGGACAGAUGGUGAUGCUUAAUAACCGUCGUGUACUACAUGGCCGAUCAGCAUUCAAAGUACAAGGCAAUGAGUACAGGUAUGGUGAAAUCUGCUACAUGGAUUGGGAUGAGAUUCGUUCAAAGGCUCGAGUACUUAUGAAGAAACUGUCACUCACUCUAUAAUGAAAAGUCCUGAAUCUAAAAAAACCCUGGUGUUUACCAUAAAAUUGACAUGGUUCACGUGCACUUAUUUAAAUAUAAUUAAGAAAGUGAGUUUAUUGGUGUAAUUAAAAUAGAAUGCGUGAGUUCUGGAUUUGUUGA